AUGGCUCGAAUUCAGCCACGGUCUCCGCCUCGCGUUCCCCUUCAUCCUGUUGCUCGGAACGAUAAUACUCUAGCUGUUCUUGCAAGUAAUCGUUCCUCUAUCGUAUAUCAUCAACACUACGGAUCAAGCGCCUCCAGUCUUGGCCAGAGAUCGGUGCCUGAGGUGCCUGAUUCUCCUCUCCCGAAGCUCCGGGUGAGUGCGUUGGUGAUCUCUGUUUCUCCGGUGAAGUCUGCAGAGAAGGUAACGGAGGCGUUGGAGAAGGAGGUGGAGGUGGUGGUGGCGGUGGUGGUGGAGGAGUUAACUGAUCGUGUGUACUUAAUCGGUCAUAUACAAAACAUUGUUGCGAGGAAAGAUAAGAAGAGUGACCUCUCAUCAUUUGUGAGACCCCCUGAGUUCCCAUUCUCAAAGGAGUCCAACUCAGAAGGGGCAAGCCAGGCCAAGGAGAAUGAUGCCAGGUUUGAAGACUUUAUUAUCUUUAUGUGGAAUGUUAGAGGAGCUAUGAAUGCAAAUGCAAAACUAGCUCUGAAGGAAUUUAUUCGCGUUAAGAAACCGGACCUUGUCAUUUUGGUUGAGACUCAUUGUCAAUUCCAGAGGACGGAGAGGUUUUGGAAAAGCCAGGGCUACAUUCCUGGGUGUAUUGUGGAGGCUAUUGGCCACAGUGGGGGUAUUUGGGUUCUUAUUCAGGAGAACUCUAAAGCUAAUAUUUCUGUCUUUGAUGUUUUUGCUCAAGCACUUACUUUUGAUAUAGCCAUUGGAGCUUAUGCGUGGACGUGGAGAGCUCUUCGCUUUGCUUCUGUUUUGGAGAACUGUGAUAUGCUUGAUCUUGAGGCUAAAGGGGGUCAGUUUACUUGGCAUCGUAUGGAGAGAGGUGCCCUUCGGAUUUCUAAGAGGCUUGAUCGUGCUCUAGCGGACAGUGACUGGAGGCUUGCCUUCCCUGAAGCGUUUGUUGAGGUUCAAACCAGGAUGCACUCUGAUCAUAACCCUAUCAUUGUUAGGUGUAAUGCUCAGAGUGUGAUCUCCGGGGAGAGGCCUUUUCGCUUCCUUGCAGCUUGGGUGAAUCAUGAGGCCUACAGGAGUGUGGUUACGAAUGCUUGGAGAGGACCUGGUGAUGACCUUAGGGAAAAGAUCUCUAGAGUUCAAGCAGAUUCUCUUUCUUUCAACAAGCAUACCUUUGGAAAUAUUUUUCAGAGGAAGAGACAUGUUGAGGGGAGGCUUCGGGGAGUCCAACGUGAUCUUGAUAUUCGGGUGACUUCGAGUAUGGUCCAACUUGAAACUCAGCUUCAACAUGAGUAUCGUGAUAUCCUCCGUAAUGAGGAGCUUCUCUGGUUUCAGAAAUCCCGUGAGCAAUGGGUCCGGUUUGGAGAUCGAAAUACAGCUUUCUUUCAUACGCAGACUGUUGUCCGGAGGAAGAGGAACAAGAUCCAUAGGCUCCAGCUUAGGGAUGGCACUUGGAGUUCCGAUGAGGAAGUGCUUAAGUGUGAAGCUGAGGAUUUCUUUCAGGACCUGUUUUGCACAGCUAUAGCGCCUACUCUUGACCAGUUUCAGGUUAAUAAUCUUCCCAUUAUUCCCGAGGAUUGUAGACGGGAUUUACUAGCUCCUGUGACCAAGAUUGAGGUAAAGCGUGCUCUUAUGUCUAUGAAAUCAUUUAAAGCCCCAGGCCCUGAUGGCUUUCAGCCAGUUUUCUUCAAACAAUAUUGGGAUAUUGUGGGGGAAGAUAUUUGGAGGGUGGUUAGUGAUGCUUUUUCUACUGGUACUAUUAACCCUUCCCUUGCAGAGACCCUGAUUGUCCUGAUCCCAAAGGUUGAUGUGCCCACUCAGAUGAAGGAGUUUCGCCCAAUAAGUUUGUGCAAUGUGGUUUAUAAAAUCAUCACUAAAGUGGUGGUAUCCCGUAUUCGUCCUUACUUGAAUCAAUUUAUUGGGCCCCUUCAAUCCAGUUUUGUUCCUGGGAGGGGUACCACUGAUAAUGCUAUUCUGGCUCAGGAGGUGGUUCAUUACCUUGAUCAUUCUUUGGCUCGAAAGGGGUCUAUGGCUUUCAAGAUUGAUUUGGAAAAGGCUUAUGAUAAGCUCUCUUGGGGUUUCUUGGAGGAGACAAUAAGAGACUUUGGUUUCCCUGAUUCUAUAUGUCGGCUUAUUAUGUGUUGUGUUUCUUCUGCUAAACUUGCUCUCCUCUGGAAUGGUACUAGGCUUCCUUGGUUUAGUCCCGCUAGAGGUCUCCGACAAGGGGAUCCCAUGUCACCAUAUCUUUUUGUCAUGUGUAUGGAGAAGCUAUCUGUCCGUAUUCAAAAUGUUGUUGAUGCAAGCUUAUGGCAACCCAUCACAUUGUCGAGAGGUGGCCCUCCUCUCUCCCACAUUUUCUUUGCGGACGAUGUUAUGCUCUUUUGCAAGGCAACUACUACCCAAGUGGAGCUUGUUGCUGAUAUUUUGGACAGUUUUGGUGCAGCCUCUGGUCUUGUUGUGAGUGCUGCCAAGUCUAAAGCCCUUUGUUCAAAAGGAGUUCCAACUGCGACUCGAAAUUCUAUUGCUAAUGUUUGCCCGAUUCGUGUUGUGAGGAAUUCGGGGAAGUACUUGGGCUUUCCAAUGGUUAGCGGCCGGGUGUCGCAUGGCUCCUUCAACUUCAUUAUUGAUCAGAUAUCUCGUCGCUUGGCUGGUUGGAAGAGCCGCCUUCUAAACACAGCGGGUAGAGUUUGUCUUGCUCGAGCUGUUAUAACUGCGAUUCCCACUUAUUACAUGCAGGUUUUAUGGAUGCCUAGGAGGACUAUCAACUUGAUUGAUAAAGCUGCUCGCAACUUCAUCUGGUCCAGUUCCUCGUCCACGCCUGGUACUCGUAGCUGGCACAGAGUUAAAUGGGAUGUGGUGACGCAACCUAGGAUUGCUGGUGGGCUUGGUGUUCGAGAUUCUUCUCAUGCGAAUACAUCCCUUCUUGGUAAGUUGGUUUGGUCCUUUCUGCAGGAAUCAGAUAAGCUUUGGACUCAAGUCCUCGCACACAAAUACCUGGGUAGCAAGUCAAUUCUUGAAGUUACUGCUGCACCCAACUCUUCUCCUCUUUGGAAAGGUAUUUUGAAGGCUAGAGAUGUUCUAAAGGAUGGGUUUACAUUUAAGUUGGGUAAUGGUGCAACAUCUAUUUGGUACAAGGAUUGGAAUGGUUAUGGGCCUUUGGCUAAUAACAUCCCCUACGUCCACAUCACAGAUACAAACAUGGCCCUCCGAGACAUCAUCAUCAAUGGUGACUGGAAUCCGUCAAGUCUCUACACAAUUUUACCUCCCUUGGUACAGCAAAAGCUGCUUGCGGUUGCUCCUGUUAUUGAUAUUAGGCUACAUGACCAUUGGAUUUGGAAAUUCGACAGCCAAGGCAUUUAUUCUGCUGCGGGAGCCUACUCUUGGCUCAUUAACGCGAAUGCACAGUUGUCUCUCACUGGUUUGGAUACUUGGCGCUUGAUUUGGAAGAUUAAGGUUCCGGAGAAAAUUCGUGUCUUCAUUUGGUUGUGUAUGCUCGAUGCAAUUCAGGUUAACAACUUGAGGUUUCGUUGCAAGCUUGCUUCCUCACCCUCGUGCUCGCGGUGUCAACAUUCUAUGGAGGAUAUUUUACAUUGUUUGCGGGACUGCAGGUUUGCUAGGGAAAUUUGGAAUAGAUUGAAUGCUCUCACGUGGCCUCGGUUUCUAGUUGGGAGUGUCCAGGCUUGGAUCAAAUACCAGGUGUGUGGUCCUCAUGGUUCCUUGUUUGCUACAGCUCUUUGGGGAAUUUGGCGAUGGCGUAACAAUGCAAUCUUGGGUGAUAAGUCUUGGAAUGCUAUUAGUACUGUGAAUUGGAUUUCUACAGAGCAUCAUGACUAUUCCUCCUUCCUUUCUAGUGAUCUGUCCACGACAUUGGGCAUGGGUGGAGGUGCGUUUUGGAGAGCUCCUCCCGCAGGUGAAUUCAAGCUCAACACUGAUGGUGCCUUUGACUUGACCGGAGCCAGGAUGGGUAUGGGGGGCUUAGUGAGGGAUGGAACCGGUAAUUGGGUAACCGGGUUUUAUGCUGGCAGCAGUGGGGGGAAUCCCAUUACAGCGGAGAUUGGAGCUCUUAAGCAUGGUUUGGUUUUAUUAUGGAACGCCAACAUUCGAAAAGCGAUCUGUGAAGUCGAUUGUCUUGAGAUUGUGAAGGCUUUAUCUGAGAAUAGGUAUCAGUUUCAUGAGUUGGCCUCAGAGCUCCUUGAUCUUAAACUCUUGUUGGAUCGAGAUUGGUGCAUAGAGCUUACCCAUAUUUCUAGGGAUGCAAAUGCAGCAGCGGAUUGUCUUGCUGGCAUGGGGGGAGGGCUCCAAUGUCCUAUACAGUAUCUUGAGGCUCCGCCUCAGCAGUUAGCUCCCAUCUUGGCUAGGGACUUGUUAGCAUUGUAG